AUGGUAUUCAAGUCAUUCAAGUGCAAGUUCUACUCCAAGAGCUAUCACUCUUCGGCGCAGAAGCAGUCAACGGCCUUUUUUGAAAGCUCAUAUCAGUAUUUGCGCCGAAAUCAGGGACUUGUUAGCCAGGACAGCUGCAUUCCAUCUUCAGACAAUGUGGUGGUGACUCCCAACCCGGUGGUCGUGGCCAACGUUAACUACAACAACGUGGAGCUGGCACUGGAUUCCGAGGCCUGUGAAGGAACUUGUUUGAAAUCACACAGAUGUUCAGAUGAGGGAAUAUCCGAGCCCCGACCAGGACACAGCAGUGGGUCGCGCAGAAGAAGUUUGGGAUCGACAGCCGUUUCCGCUACCGUUCCCAUUGCUCAGUCUUUAGACAGAUUUCGUUCAAGACAGCACAGCGAAAAUUACGCGCGCUACACGAGAAAUACACAGCUAGAAAUCAACGAGAGACUCUCUAAGAGUUAUUUUUCCACCAGCUCUGUGGAACGUCCAGGUCGCACAAUUUCAGAUACUCUAGCCUCGAUACCGAAGGAUGCUGCGGAACCCACUCCCGUGCCGUCAGAUUCCAAAAUCCCAGACACACCACAAGAACCAGCCGAGAGCUUUCAAGUCGAGGCAUCACACAAUACUGAUAAACACAAGGGUACGCCGAUUCCAACAUGGGAGCCAGAUAACGAAGAGUCUCUAAAUCCAGAAACUUUUCUAGAAACCCAGACCAAUUAUAUCAAGACAUCUUACGAGAAACGGGAUUAUAACAGCAUAAAUGCGUCUUUUCAAUCCCUUAUACGAAAUAACAUCAUUCCACCAUUGGAAUUGUAUGCUUUGGUGAUAAAAUCGGUCUGCAACAGAGAUCUAGAUAAUGACAACGUGGACAAUCGUAUGUUUCAGCUGUUGAACUGCUACCAAAGCCUCAUUGACAAUAAAAUGAAACCUACAGAGGAAAUUUACAAUGAAGUCAUAGGUAGUCUGCUGAAAGGCUCUAUCGCCGCAUAUGAAAUGGGUAAUGUGAACGGUCCGGAUUUUUAUAAGAUCGCGGUCGAUCUUUUACAGGCUUCGACCACUCACAUUUCGCAUCAGUUUUCCAAAGAGGUUUUAGACUGCUCUCUUUUGGCAAUGAAUCUCUUUCCCGGAUACGUCAAACUUGACUACGUCAAAGAUAUUUUGCAAAACUCUCAAUCAUAUUACAAGGAUUCCUUCUACUACGUGGCCCUUCUAGGUUACGCAAAGAGAAUCAAUGAUAAUGCCGCCGUGAAGACGCUAUAUGAGGACUUCAGAAGCAUGUGUGCUUCUGCUUCACAUCUACAGCGGCAUCAGUAUGAAGUGUACAGUGCUGUUUUGACAGCAUUGGUUGAGACUGGCGACAUGCCUCUCGCGAUCAAAUUGCUCGACAAUGUUUUAACAGACGCAAAAGAAAGGGUUGGACUUGCAUCCAACGUGACGUUGAUACUCUCUCACUUUUUGAUAUCAGUCAGUAAGUUGGAUUGUAGAAAGGCUUACACUCUGUGGUAUGAGUUUAAGAAACUUCGCUGGGUGCCAGAGUUCUCCCACAGCUUUUACCUGACAUUGUUGUCGAAUAGCAUGGGAGAUUGGGAGCUUGCGAAGAAGAUUUAUGAUUACUCUUUUCCCAUGGUUCGUGACAAAUCAGUUAAAACACACUCUUUCACUGAUCAUCUUUUGAGUUUAUCUGGCGCUGAGACGACUUUGAGUUCCUUUUUAGAUUAUGCUCUACAACUGAAGGAUACAGAGGUUGUGAUGAAGAUACUUGAAGAAUCCGUUGUCAAAGAAUAUACGUUUGAUUCUGAGGUAUACCCCUUCAUAUUUCAAUUUUUCAAAGAUAUCCGGUGUCCUGAGGAUUACUUGAUUAGAUUUAUCAACUGUCACGGUGAACUUUUGAAUAAGAGCAAAGACAAAUUCAACUUUUUGAAUGGGUUGAUCGAUGCGUACCAGUCUCAGGUUAUUUUGAGUAAAGUUGCGGAUUCGAGAUUCUUUUUGGACUGCUGUGAAAGAUUUAAUGUAUCGGACAGUCAAACUAACUAUAGUGGCUUGAUUGCAUGCUUUCAAAGCAUGUGGGGAGCCCCUCAAACGAUCGAAAAGUACAGCUAUAACAUCAAACUACAUGGAAUCAUGAUAUGCAAGUUGUACGAUCCUGAGGGGUAUUACGCCGUAAUGGAAAAUGAAUUCAUGCUUCAGUUCAAAGACCGCUUGACGACCAGAUUUGAAAAACUGAUGCUUAACUAUCAGCGACUUUCUCUGGACCCCAACGAUAUAAUGGGCACAUCGAUACAGGCCGCGAAAAUGAUUAGCAUGCCAGACGAGGUAGUGAACUACUUUGCUCAUCCAGGUGACUGGGACAAGUCGUAUCCGCUAUGCUUAGGUUCAAUGAUAAGAAAUUCUCUUGCGACAGGGCGGAAAGCUUACGAACGAUUGCGCACAGAGGGAUUUAGCUUUGACUAUGACACUUACAAACAACUGGUAAUUCGUAAUGUUAACGAUGCGGAUACUAUCACCACAUGUUUGGACCUUUGCCCGGACGAAAAGGAAAUGGGCUACAUUGCCAAUUCUUUGGUGGUGAAGACUAUGGGCAGAGAGCUCGAAAAUAAGGUCUUAGCACAUCCUUUGUUCAAAAGCAAAAUUUUGCCAUACCUAAAGGAUGACUCUUACCUCCGUCUUGCAAGAAACGUGAGUGAUAUUCAAACGUUCAUUAACACUGUAAACUUCCCUGAAGAUUUUCAGGGGAUUGCAGAACAGGCGGAACACAGAAGUACUAUAGGAUACGUUUACGAGGAGCUGUUCAGGAACAAGCGGUAUCAUGACAUCACAAGGCUCAAUGAAACAUGUCCUGUUUUGAACAUUGGGUUGUUGUUAAAGUCGUGCAUACGUUCGGGUGACUUCUCGCAAUACGGUAGGCUUUGGAAUAAACUUCAAAGUCGUCUUGGGUCUGAAAAGUUUGAUAUACAAGCAGAGUUUUUGCUAAACGACAAAAAAGUGGAUGAAGCUAUCAAAACGCUCAGGUCUAAGGGCGCUAAAAGUGACCACAAGUCAAACGAUCUGCUUUCUUUUGCACUUUUCCUCAAGAGUUUCACAACGCCUGUGGUUCAUCUAGACAGAGUCGAAAAUACUUUGCAAUUAGCCAACGUGCUUUCGACGCAAAAAAGUUUCUCAGGAAUGGUAGCUCUCUAUCAGGAGCUGAUGUGUGACCAGAAUAGAAUCAUGGAUAUGACAACGCAACAGGCAGUAAACCUAGAAAUCAGUGAACAGAUGCUCAACAAUCUACAUGACUCAAUUCAGUUUAUUAAUUUGGAGGAAGACUGCUACAGGAAAAUCGCCAUGCAGAAGCUCACCAAUUUUUUCAGGUUCAGGACAUUUCUAAAGCUCCCUGAAAUUUCCGAGGACGACAUUUCUAAACUUAUUCGCUUCUAUUCUAGAGUACAUCGUCCCAGUAUCGAUGCCCUUUUCAACAACAUUGUUGAGACCAUCUACCUCAAUCCCAAUACUAGGUGCUUGUACCUGGCGAACGACAUGAAAUUUCACUUUAAGCCAGAACAACUAUCUAGGCUCAUCAAAGAUAUCGAAACCUUCUACAUCAAAGAGUCCAAUCAAGAGGAUGCUGAGAGAACACAUAGUUUUCAAGCCGUUCUGAGGAAACUUUAUUGUUUGAACGAAUAA